AGAAGAAGAAAAAGAGUGCAGGCGCUACAAUGACGUAUUUCCGGUGUCAUGUCAGCCUUCUGCUGAAACCGCAUGGCUAACGACGGCUACUACAUUUAAAUGUUUUUUUCCUCUCCGUCUGGCGGUUUUGGUUAUGCAGUCGUAACGAAUCAAGUCGUCCAGAGAUGGCAGACGUUGUACAAGAGAAAAGUCGUGGCUUGAAGUUUGCAGAGCAGCAACUCCUGCGUCAUGGCUGGGAACACGGUAAAGGACUGGGGCGAGCCGAGAAUGGAAUAUCAGAAGCUAUCAAGGUGAAAGUGAAGUGUGACAAAGGAGGGGUUGGCCAUAAGGAAGGAGAGCAGUUCACCUUCCACUGGUGGGAUCAUGUCUUCAAUAAGGCCUCUUCCCGCCUGCAGGUGGAAUCUGAUCAGAACGGCGUUCAGCUGAAGAAGACCGUGGAAGAAGAUGAAGAGAAUGGGAUGAUCUCCAAUAAAAAGCCACGGAAGGCCACGAUGGCUAAAGACAAACUUUAUGGUUGCUUUGUCAAGUCAGCCACACUUCUGUCUGGUCAGGAACAGCCCGAGCCAAACUCCAGCACAGACGACAGCAGCAGCUCAGAGGAGGAAGAGGAGGACGACCAGAAAUUGGAUCUCUCAAGUACCAUCAAGCUUUCUGAUGCUGAUUUAAUGAAGGCAUGUGGAGGACGCACGGCUCACAAAGGAGCCAGGCACGGCUUGACAAUGAGCGCCAAGUUAGCCAGGCUAGAGCAGCAAGAGGCUGAGUUCAUGGCCAAAUACGGCAAGAAGAGCCAGCAGGCAAGUGCUUCACCAGUUUGUGCUACGCCAGUUCCACCAGCCUCCCAGUCAACUGACCAGAGAGCCGAGAGGCAGGAGGAGACAGACGAGGACUCUCAGAGAAAAAAGAGGAGAAAGAAGACGAGAUGGACUGGGAGCAGUAAAGGACUUCAUGGUGAUGAAAUGUCUGAAAGUCCUGAGACAAAUGUAAAACCCAAAAAGAAGAAGAGAAAGAAAGGCAGUAGUGAGGCUAGUGAGGAAAUAAGGGAUGCAGUUUCCAGUGAGGGGGAUUUGAUCUGUGUAGAAAAUGGUGAAGCAGACCAUUCUCACAAAUCAAAGAGGAAGCACAAAAAGAAAAAAAACAGCACAGAGCAGAAAGAAGAGAGAGCGACCUCGCCUGCAGCAGAGAGUCCAGAGGAGAAUACAGAGCUGCACACUGACACUAAAGUGAAGAAAAAGAAGAAGAAAUCCUCCAAACACCACAGCGAACCUGCGGAGGAGGAGAGUAAUGAUACUGAAUCCAGUCAGUCGGAGACGGUCCAGGACUGUGUUACAAAAACCAAGAAGAAAAAAUCUGCAGUUCUGUUGGAGGAAUCAGAAGCCACAGGGGAAGAAGCAAAAAAGUGUAAAAGGGACAAACCAGUGGUAGGUGACAUUAUUAACGAGGAGGCACUUCCUCCAAAGAAGAAGAAAAAGAAAACAUCCAAAGAGUAGUAUCUGGUUUUUUUUUGGCAUUUCCUUGAAUCAGCUCAGGUGAUUAUGUGCCACACGGGGACUUCGUGGAGGCUGUACCCUCAUUUAACAGGCCCAUAAAUCAAUUUAGAUGUGUUGCAUUCAUGGGCGAAUAUUUUUAGUCAGAUUAUUAACAAAAUGGCCUCCAAGAGUUGCAUGUUGCAUGCUUUGUAAGAUGACGCUAUAAAGUUUUGUUGACUCAGGUUCAAUUUAGGGAGCCAUCACAUGAUUUAGGGCUUGGCUUUUUCUGCUUAAUUCCACAUUACCUGCCAGGUUGUCCACUGUUGUCCAAACUGUAGCUAACAGCACAAGCGGUGAUGACAGAAUGUUGAUGUUCUCCAGGUGUCACUUGUUGCCAUGCGAACAGGCGCUUGUUGGUUGGGUGCAGUGUGACACAGUAGCUGAGUCGUAUAAUACAUGCAGGGUAUCUGAACUGAAAGUAUUAAAAUGAAAUGCAUACAGUCACAUUCUGGGGCUGCUCACGUUGUCUCGGAGCGAUUCCGUUGGCCCGCGGGCAGCACUUUGAGAACCCCUCCUUUCAUGAGUCGAUGCUUUCUGUUAAUCCACGUGGUGCAACUUAAACCAAACUUUUUCAAACUGAGACCAAAACUUGAGUCAGUGUUGACAUUUGUAGGUUUGGACAUGUUGCAUAAUUAGAGCUGGUGCCAUUUAAGUUUGCCUUUGUUGACUUAAUGCAAAUAUGUAUUUUUAGUAGGAAAUUAAAGCAAAAUAUCAAGAAUUCAGUGUACUUUAACAACUGUGUCAUUUUAUUGAAAGGAGAGAAGUCGUGAAGGUGCACAUAAGAUGAAUGAAACUUGCAUGAAAUUAUGAACUUUAUUAAAUUAAAUUUCAAACUGCA